ACCUAUCGCCAUGGACUUUUUAAGAAGCUUGGAAUUCCUGGGCCUAAACCUCUGCCUUUCUUUGGAACUCUUUUGGCCUACAGAAAGGGUAUAUGGAAAUUUGAUAUGGAAUGCUAUAAAAAGUAUGGAAAGAUGUGGGGGUUGUAUGAUGGUCAACAGCCUGUGCUGGCCAUUACGGAACCAGACAUGAUCAAAGCAGUUCUAGUCAAAGAAUGUUAUUCUACAUUCACAAACCGGCGGGUAGGCAUUCAUUUUUGCCAGAUGUUCCCCAUCAUUAAACAGUAUGGAGACGUGUUGGUCAAAAACCUGAAAUGCCAAGCAGAGAAAGGCAAGCCUGUUGACUUGAAAGAAGUCUUUGGGGCCUACAGCAUGGAUGUGAUCACUGCAACGUCAUUUGGGGUGAAUGUUGAUUCCCUCAACAAUCCAGAGGAUCCCUUUGUGGAAAAAGCCAGGAAGCUCUUAAAAUUUGAUUUUUUUGAUCCACUGCUUCUCUCAGUCGUACUCUUUCCAUUCCUCACUCCGGUAUAUGAGAUGUUAAAUAUCUCUAUGUUUCCACGGGAUUCUUUGAAAUUUUUCACAAAAUUUGUAAAACAGAUGAAAGAAAAUCGCCUGGCACCUAACCAGAAGCACCGAGUGGAUUUUCUUCAGCUGAUGAUGAACUCCCAGAAUUCUAAAGACACCGAGUCCCACAAAGGUAAGCAAGGAUGCUCUAUGGGGUACUGAUGCCAAAGCUUAGAGGCAAGAGGCUGUUCUGGAAGAGUGAG